UGGACGGCGGGCAGAGACGAGCAGACAUGUCCACCUUCAAGCCCAGGGUGAUUUCUCUGGCCAAGAAACCAGGUCAAACAUUCGGCUUCUUUCUGAGAGUGGAACAAAAUGAAGAGGGUCACCUGAUCCGCUGCCUGGAAAUGGGAGGUCCAGCUGAAUUGGCUGGCAUGAGAGACGGAGACCGCAUCCUCCGGGUCAAUGGAACAUUUGUUGAUGGGCUGCCCCACUCAGAGGUUGUGGAGCUGGUGAGGCGUGGCGGAACAUCUGUCACAUUUCACAUCCUGGAUGAGUCAGCUUACAAGCGCGCAAAAUCUUUGGGGGUAAAUCUUUCUGACCCCAAAGCGGCUGCAAAUAGAGUAACCAAAGAGACUCCAAAACCAAAACUCUGCUACUUGGUCAAGUCUAGCUCAGGAUAUGGGUUUUCUCUUCGCUCAGUAAAAGGUGAGGAGGGGCUGUUCUUGACUGAGGUGCUCGCAGGGGGAGUAGCGGAACACGCUGGAGUCCGAAACGAAGAUCGUCUGCUGGAGGUCAACGGGGAUAACAUAGAAAACCUCACACACGACGAGGUGGUGGAAAAGAUCAAACUGGGUGGGAAAAGCACAAUGUUCCUGCUUGUUGACAAGGAAACAGAGAGGUUCUAUCGCAACAAAAAAGCAAAGAUAGCAUCAUGGUCAGCAACGGUUAAGUUUCUCCCCCAUCAGCCACGAUUCAUUAAUAUGAUCAAAGGAUCAGACGGAUACGGAUUCCUACUCAGAGAGGAAGCUAAACAAGCAGGGCACUUCAUAAGAGAAAUAGACAAAGGAAGCCCAGCAGAAAAAGCUGGUUUGAAGGAAAUGGACAAAGUUGUCGCUGUGAAUGGAAAGGAGGUGGAAAAUUACAGCCAUGACCAGGUGGUGGCCCUUAUUAAGAAAAGUGACAGGAAAUGCUGCUUCCUUGUGGUGGACAAGGCCACGGACAAAAUGUACAAGCAGGGUAAAGUGUCUCCUAUGCUUUUCUGGGAGGAGAUGAAGGAUUCCAAUUCCCCACCAAGUUACAAUGAAGCUUUAAACUUACCUGCACCUGUAAAAUCAUCAAUGUCUAUGAAGGACAGAGAGGAGGAGCUGAGACCAAAACUCUGCAGGAUGAGGAAGACCCCUGCUGGCUAUGGCUUUCACCUAAAUGGCAUCGACGGGAUGCAUGGCCAGUACAUCACAGAGGUGGUGAGGGGUGGAGCAGCAGACAAAGCUGGUCUGGAGAAUGAAGACAUUGUGAUAGAGGUGAAUGGAAAGAAUGUGGAGCAGAGCACUCAUGCUGAGGUUGUGAAAAUAAUUCGCAGAAGUGGCAACUCUCUGGAGAUGCUGGUAGCCAGCAGGAACGUCUACAAACAGCUUAAAGCCAGAGGUGUGACCAUUACACCCCUUCUCCUCGGGGAAACAUCCAAUGCUCACACUGCAGAAACUCCAGAACCCAACAGGAUGGAGACAUGGGAGUUGAAUGAAGAAGAAAUCAGACCUGGAACUCCAAUACAGAGGACCUCCUCUGUAUCAUCAUCUUCAUCUGAAGGCAGCCUUGAUGACAGACUCUGAAAAAUCCUGAAUGUGGCCAACUGAUAUUUUUUCACCUUGUGUUCCAUGACCCUCACAUACUCAGGUGAAAAAAAAAGAAGAAACGG